AUGGAAAAAGAGAAGAAACUUGCAGAUCUUUCAAUGGAGAUUCCUCUAUAUUUCAGGUGUCCCAUUUCAAUGGAAGUCAUGAAAGACCCAGUUACAAUUUCCACUGGUGUGACAUAUGAAAGGAAGAACAUUGAGAAAUGGUUCUUCACUUACAAGAAGAAUACUUGCCCUGCAACAAAUCAGAUCAUUGACAACUUUGAUCUCAUCACACCUAACCAUACCCUCAAGCGUCUUAUUCUUUCAUGGCAAGAAGAAAAAGCCCAUCAGCUUCAAUCUAGUAAUUCUUCAUCAUCACAGCAGUUGCAGGGACCCAUUAUAAUUUCAUGCAGGCAUGAUGAAUUGCUUUCUCUGUUCUCCACAAUCCAGUCAACACCAUUCAAGGUAAGUUUACUAAAGAAGCUCAGAUCAAUUAUAGAAUUGGGUAAUGAAACCCAAACUGAUUUUGUUCAAUCAGGAGGUGUUGAAUUACUCAGUCACAUAAUUAUUCAAACACUUUAUGAGCAUAGAUCUGAUAAUUUCAUCACAUUUCGAGCUUGUGAAGAAGCUUUGUCUAUCUUAGACCAAUUAGUCUUUUCCGAAGAAACGAUAUGGCUUCAGAUCAUGAUUCCAAAACCUGAAUGCAUCAAAGCCAUGGCAAUGAUGCUUCAACGAGGAAGUGCAGAAGGAAGGCUUCACACAGUUACCAUUUUCAGGAAAAUGGCUAAAGUAGUUGAGUAUAAUUUCAGUUGGGUUGUUCAAGAUCAGAGUAUUGAUCUAUUAAAAUCUCUGUUAGAGUUGUUAUCAGAUGAGAUCAUCAAUAGCAAGGCCUUUACAUAUGCUCUAGAUGUUCUGGUUCACAUCAUUGGAACCUCGAAAAAGAAUCGAUUAAAGGCGAUUGAAGCCGGCGCAAUCUGUGUUCUAAUUGAGCUUCUUCCAGAUUCAAAUAGAUCCAAAUGUGAGAAGAUAUUGUUGUUGCUCAAAUUGCUUUGCGAAUGUGCAGAGGGAAGAUUGGCUUUAGUUGAACAUGGGUUAGGAAUUGCAUCCGUUUCUAAGAAGAUAUUACGUGUUUCAGAUGCUGCAACUAAGCUUGGGAUGAAGAUUUUCUGGUUAAUUUGCAGUUCACAUCCAUCAAUGAAGGUUUUAGAGGAGAUGUUGGUUUUAGGAUCUGUGAAGAAGUUCUUGGCUUUGGUACACUAUGUUAAUAUUGGGCAAUCAUCAAUUAAGAAUAAAGCAGUAAAAAUUCUGAAGUUACAUGGAAAUACAUGGCAGCAUUAUCCUUGUUUCCCUUGUGAAUUGAAGGAUUGUUUAAAGUCAUGAUAUUAAUUCAUCAUCAUCUCUAGUGAUGAAUUUCUAAAAAAUUUUGUACUGAUCAAGAGUGGUUGUGAUUAGUUAACUUGUGUCUUUGUUUUGU